CGCUAGGGCUGCCAUAUUCUGUGCACACAGCCAUACAACCUAUGGAUACCAAUUCCAUGCCAUGUCUAGUCGUCCAGAUCCCGUUUUAGUUGCCUUCGAAUUUGGAUUCCUUAAGGUGGUCUGGCGCUCAGCGCCAAUUGCUUAUCUUGUUUACAUCCCGUCCCAACAGUCUGUCUGACUCUGUGACCCGCGGCAUCGAGAGGUGCACAGCGAUGUCACAUAUCUUUUGUCUGAAGACUGGCGGGUUCCCUGGACUGCAAGGACUAUGGCAUUUUCUGUCCGAUAUGAUCCAAGACAAGUCGACAGAGGUUCCUCGAACGUGUAUCUUCAGAUACGAUAGUCCUCCCCAUUGUAUCGGAGAUCUGAGUGAUGUUUACCGAUGUACCAUGAUUUCAAAGUCCCAUGGAAAAAUAGAGGUCGCCGUCAAAUCUUUGAGGAUCCUUGAUUUGAGUGAAGAAGCGAUAAAGGCAUUGCGCAAGAGGAUCUAUCGCGAAGUGCGUGCAUGGACAACAUUGCAUCAUAAGAACAUCCAUCGCUUCUUUGGGACGACUUCAGGAUUUGGACCUCUCCCCGCAUUCGUAACUCCUUGGAUGGAGCGUGGGUCAUUGACGGACUAUCUGUCUCUUGAAUUCUUCAAUCUAUUGCAGAUAGACAAGUUCAUACUCCUCGAACAAGUUACGACAGCUAUUCAGUACCUCCAUGACAAACAUGUCAUACAUGGGAACCUCGCUGGGCACAAUAUAUUGAUCGAUUCCAGGGGAAAUGCAUACGUAACAGAUUUCGGGCUGUCGACGAUCCUUGCAGAAUGCAAUAGCUCGUCCUGCGAAGCCUACUACCCAGGAUCUAUACGCUGGGCUGCGCCUGAAUUGAUAGAUCUUGCAGACGAAGAAGCUGAAAAGCCAACUACCUGCUCCGAUGUCUACUCACUAGGUUCCGUAGCACUUCAGGUGUUAUCCGGAAAGCUCCCUUAUCAUUGGCUGGAAGACCCACUUCAUAUCAUGGCUGCUAGACAUAAGGGUAUGGAACCGAUGGCAGCAGACAGCUCGAUGGACAGGCAGCACAUACCUUUUCUUCAAGAAUGCUGGUCAAGGCCAUCUGCCAGACCAACAAUCGACCAUGUUCUGUGUUAUAUUCGAAGUGUAUUGCCGCCUUAGUGAUUGCAGGCAGUUACUCUCAGGCUUUCCUAACUUAUUGUUUACCCUAUGAACGAUAUUUUCUUGCGAUGUACUUAGAACUUAGGAUAUCGUUCUUGUCUCGAUGCUAUGAGUCGUUGUCUCUGAAUCAAUUUGAAUCAAAGCCUG